GCAGAGAGAGAGAGAGAGAGAGAAUGGAGGGUGUAGUAUUAGGAGGCGCGAGUAGCUGUGUCUUCUCGUCAUCUCCAACAACCGCCGCGGGCGGAAGAGAUGGAGUGGUCGUCUGCAGACCUCGGGCCGUCUUAUCCUGCGCCCCUUACCCGCGCGCCUCCGCUCACCGCCGUCUCCGCCUGUCGCCGUUCCCGUCGACCUCGCACCUGUUCUGCCCUGCUGCCGCUCCUCGCGCUUCCCGCGGCCGCACCAGGCCUCGCAUUUUCCUCCCUCAUUUGGUCGCUUCCUCGGAGCAAGUGGAAGAGACUUACAUUAUGAUAAAGCCCGACGGUGUUCAACGCGGCCUGGUCGGGGAAAUAAUUUCGAGGUUUGAGAGGAAAGGGUUCAAAUUGACUGGCUUGAAGCUCUUCCGGUGCCCCAGAGAAUUGGCUGAGGAACACUAUAAAGAUCUUCAGUCCAAGCCGUUCUUCCCUAAAUUGAUCGAGUAUAUCACAUCUGGACCAGUCGUUUGUAUGGCUUGGGAGGGUGUUGGUGUUGUUGCCUCUGCACGAAAGUUAAUAGGGUCAACAAAUCCUCUUCAAGCUGAGCCUGGAACGAUAAGAGGGGAUCUUGCAGUGCAAACUGGAAGGAAUGUGGUUCAUGGCAGCGACAGCCCUGAGAAUGGCCAACGUGAAAUUGCUCUUUGGUUCAAAGAAGGCGAAUUGUGCCAAUGGACACCUGCUCAAGCUUCAUGGCUAAGGGAGUGAUGAAAUAUUCAUGCAAUUCUAGAAGCUUUUUGGUUGACCACCUGUAAUAUCAAGAUUGUAUUCUUUGUCUGAGUUAAUAGUGCUUAAAUAUCCGGAUUACCUUGUAAUCUGGGAGAGAAACUUGGAAAAACUUUUGUACCGCGGCUAGUGAGUCUGUCUUUGUUUAUGACUUGGGGUUCCUCUCAAGCUGUCAUAAUGUGGAAAACCUGAAUAACUGUA